AUGUCUGGUGGUCUGCUGUAUCUGUUCAAGCCAUUUGAGGCAUAUCUCCCAGAGGUUAAUGCACCUGAGAGGAAAGUUCCGUAUAAUCAAAAGUUGAUAUGGACCGGUGUCUCUUUACUGAUCUUUUUAGUAUUGGGUCAAAUUCCAUUAUAUGGUAUUGUUUCAAGUGAAACUUCAGAUCCAUUGUAUUGGUUACGUGCUAUGCUGGCAUCAAACAGAGGUACCUUAAUGGAACUCGGUGUCUCACCAAUCAUUACCUCUUCAAUGAUUUUCCAAUUUUUGCAAGGAACUCAGCUUUUGCAGGUUGACAUGCAAAAUAAGCAGGAACGCGACCUUUUCCAAAUUGCUCAAAAGGUUUGUGCUAUCGUUUUGACUCUUGGUCAAGCAAUUGUUGUUGUUUUAACCGGUAAUUAUGGUAGACCCAGCGACAUUGGAAUUGCAAUUUCUUUGUUAUUAAUCUUUCAAUUAAUGUUCGCAUCUAUCAUCGUUUUACUUCUUGACGAGCUUUUGUCAAAAGGUUAUGGUCUUGGAUCCGGUAUUUCGUUAUUUACUGCAACAAAUAUCGCAGAACAAAUUUUUUGGAAGGCGUUUGCUCCAACGACGGUAGAAUCAGGUCGUGGUAAAGAAUUUGAAGGUGCAGUUAUCGCAUUUUUCCAUUUGCUGGCUGUUAGGAAGGAUAAAAAAAGAGCUUUGGUGGAGGCAUUCUACAGAUCUAAUUUACCAAACAUGUUUCAAGUUGUGUCAACAGUAUUCAUUUUCCUAUUUGUUCUUUAUUUGCAAGGCUUCCGUUACGAAUUGCCAAUCAGAUCAACAAAAGUAAGAGGACAAAUGGGUACUUAUCCAAUCAAGCUGUUUUACACUUCGAACACUCCAAUCAUGCUACAAGCUGCUUUAACAUCAAACAUCUUUUUAAUAUCGCAGAUUUUAUAUCAAAAAUUUCCAUCAAAUCCUGUUGUUCGCUUAUUAGGUGUAUGGGGUGUUGUACCUGGUCAACCAGGUCCACAAAGAGCCCUGAAAGGUCUAUCUUAUUACAUUCAGCCACCAACCUCAUUGAAAGAAAUUCCAUUGGAUCCAUUAAAGGCUGUUGUUUAUGUUUCUUUUGUUCUUGGCGUCUGUGCUCUAUUUUCAAAAACAUGGAUAGAAGUUUCGGGUACUUCUCCUCGUGAUGUAGCCAAGCAAUUCAAAGAUCAAGGUAUGGUCAUCAAUGGUAAGAGAGAAACAAGUGUUUACAAAGAACUGAAAAAGGUUAUUCCGACAGCUGCUGCUUUCGGUGGUGCUACCAUUGGUGUCUUAUCUGUUUGUUCAGAUUUCCUAGGAACUUUAGGUUCCGGUACUUCAAUUUUAAUGGCCACUACCACAAUUUACGGCUAUUACGAAAUUGCUGCCAAAGAAGGUGGAUUUUCCAAGAAUUUAGUUUCUGGUUUAUCUGAAUUGAUGUAG